AUUCACAUAACCUCAAAAUUGACGUGUGUGACUUGCUCGACUCCUCUCGUGAGGCGUGCGAUAAAUUGCUGAUGAAAGAUAAGAGUGCUGUCCAGGAGCAACAACAAAGUACACAGCACAAUGGAUGAGGAUGAAGGUAACGCACUGGAGGAGUUUUCAAGUGAACUCGAGGAGCAUCUCUACUCCAAAAUACACCAUGGACAGGUUGAGAGUGAGGCUAUGCGUGAGGCCCCGCAGAAGGCAGCCGGUGUGGGGCAGAGGGGGAAGAAUGGACGGUAUUUUGCUGCAUCGGGAAAGCCACCGUCGUGGAGUAAGAAGUUUGGCAAUAAAAAGCCAAUUCUGGGGAUUGAUAAAACUCCCCCCGUGCCAAGGGGGAAGGAGCCAGGAGGAGGAGGUGGUGGAGGACAGAAAUUUACGCCUUAUCAAUCAUUCUUGGAGAGCAUAAAGCUCUGCUCGCAGGCAGUGCAGAAGAAGAAUUUGCGCAAGAAUCCCGUGGCUUUCCGGAAGCCCGAAGCAGUGGCGGAGACGGCGACACCCCCAAAGAGGGAUCGUGCGAAGAAGAAUAGGAGGAAGGAGAAGAAGAAAGUCCAGACGAUCGUACUGGAUUCGAGUGAGGACGAGGAGAAGGAUGAUGUGGUGGAGAUUCCGGUGCCACCGCCACCACUUGUCUGUCUCGACAGCUCAGACGAGUCCACGCACGAGGUGGCGGAGAUGCCGAAGCCCCAGGGUGGGGCUGGUGGGAAGCGUAGGAUCUCACCCCGGGGCUCCAGCCCUUCAAGCUCCAUCCUAUCGGAUGACUUCAUCGCAACGCAGGAUCGUCGUCGUCUCGCUGAGGCUCAGAAUACCUUGCACGUGGCCGAUGAGGAGCUUCGGAGUGUGCAGCAGCAAACACGGGGGCCACAGAGCGCCCCGAAACGUGCCCGGACACAUGAGAAAUCCCCCCGGAAUUCACCAAAAGCCAAACUUUCGGACAUCUCGACGUCAGAUUCGGAGGAUUUCCUCCCGGAUGCCGAUGCUGUGCCACAGAAAUGCUACCAAAAGCGCAAAUCUCAUCCUCCAUCGCCGAAAAGCAAGACAACGCCGUAUAUUCACGUGGGCGAAGCAAUCCCAAAUGCUGUGACAACACCAAGGGCAAAGAGGAAGAGUAUUGAUGCCGCCCUGAGCACUGCUCAUCGCUCUGACGAGGAAUUUAUCACAAUUCUCAGCUCUAUCGCUAAUAUGGACAAUUCCAAUUCCCAAGCUGCCUCGCAAUCCGAUGAGGAUGACGUUCAAUUAGUCCGGGAAUGUCCGGAAGUUGAAUCCGGGGAUAUUGUUAUUAAUAUUGGCGGGAAUGAGGAGACUACUGAUGUUCCGGAGGCUCCAAAGAAGUCCUUUUGGGUGGAUGAUGGGGCACAGGGUGAGGAGGAAGAGGUGGUAGAAGGUGAACAAGAGGAUGUUGCUGUGGAAGGAGAACAGGAGGAGGAUGAGCAGCAAUUUGACGAUGACUACCCACCAUUCCUCCUUCACGGAUGGAAUGAGGAGAUGCGACGCUUCUACGAGGAAUCCUGGGGAGGUGAAAAGUUUUCCCUUCAAAAUAUCAUCAGACAAAUGCCAGACAACAAUCAAUGGCAGAUCAAUGCGAAAGACCUGAAUUUUAGUCGAUUCCACCGGACAUGGCGGGAGCAUCAGGAGAUGAAGCUCGUUUGCUACAUGUGCGGGCAAUCAGGUCACCGGGAGCCCCGAUGUCCAAACACAUUGUGCCUUAAGUGCGGUAAUCGCGCAAUGGUGUUCGGAAUUGCGUGCUCCAAGUGCUCAGACUGGCCGUCGAGUACGUGCGAGAUUUGCCAUACAAAGGGUCACAAAGCUGACCUCUGUCCUGAUUCAUGGCGACGCUAUCACUCAACGGUUGAAGAGAAGACUCCCGAAGAGGAGAAAUUGAUUCCAAAUCCACGAAAAUUCUGCUCAAUUUGUGCCCGAGAAGGUCAUCUGGCUGACUCGUGUCCGUGCCCUGUGAGGAUCCUUGAAUACCCGGCAAGCCCGUGGGAGGUUACUUCCUACGAGGGGACGUAUAAAGUUGAGGAGGACACGCAGAAUCCGAAGGAUCCCUUCCACAUGCAUCGUGGGGAGCAAACAAAAUUCACGUGGAGUCAGAGUGUGAAGAAAUCCCAAUUCUACGGACGCUUCCUCACUCACUGCAGCAUUGCGCCCAAUGAGGAUGGGCAGGAAGCUCCGAAGAAGGAUAUCGAGGAAAUCAGCGAUGAUGCUGAAGAAGAAGCAGAACCAGCGGAAGAUGAGAAAAACAUUGAAACAAAAAUCUUCCUUCAUCGUAACUUCAGUAAGAGCCUCCAAUCAGACCGGGGGAAGCUUGUGAUGAAGGCUAUGGCAGAUGAGAUGUCUGUGGAGGUGGAUCUACGUACUUCCGCCCAUGGGAUCCUCCUCAAGCUCCGCGGGGAGCAUCAAAGUGUCGAAACGUUUAAGCAGAACCUCAUGGCCUUCCUCACAUCCCUCACAAAGCGCACAGCGGAAGAGCAGCAAAUGGACUACAUGCACUUCCCACGAGAUCGCAGCAAGAUGCUGCAAUUUAUGCGCGGGAAGAUGCGUCAACUCACCACCUACAUUGGGAAUGCCCCAAACUUAUUCCACGAGAUGCGCCGGCAGGAGAAUUCAAAGAUUGGCAAGCUCAGCAAUAGGCAGAAGAUGGCUGAUCGCAAUAGAUCGAUGCUGAAUAUGAUUCUAAUGGGACAGGCGGGACUACGUGAGGGUAGGAUGCAUCUCAGGGCACUUGAGGCUGAUCUGGCAAUGCUGGAGAAGCAUCACCAGGAUGGGGAAGUGCCACAGGCAAUGCGAGCGAGCAUCUUUCUUCACUUUAGAUACAUUUUCACACCUUUCCGCCAUCGUAAUUAUGAUGAGCUCCUGAAGCAGUUCUAUUCAAUGAAGAAUACCAACAAACUCCCCUCAAUUGCCAUUCCGCGCCAGACAAAUCAUCAGCGACGCAAUAAACCGCGAUAUUUCAAACAAAACAUCGCCUCAUAAAUCAACAAGUUUACCUACAAGAAAUCAGGGAGAAAUGGCCCCACAAAUCACCAAACAAGGAACCUCCUAAAGGAACUAUAAAUGAAUUAAUUCCCCAUCACUUGAAUUUCCCUUUCAUUCGCUGAAUUUCAGGACUUUGAAAAAAAUUUUUUUUUUGAAAUAUCUAUGAUUUUUUUUGUUGAUAUAAAAAUGAAUUUUGUUUCCCCAUUUGACGUGGCAAUUAAUUGGUUUUUCCUACCGCUAAAUCUAAAUGUAAAUAAAAAGAAAUGGAAAUAAUAAUGAAGAGAAAAUGGAGAUUUAAGGAUUAAGAAAUUUAGAAAUUAUUUUUUACCAAAAUGAAAGAGAAAUCCUGAUAAAUAAAUGAUUAUUAUUGAAAUUUUGUUGAAAA